CCGAGCAACAACAUGACCAAUGUUGGGCGAACCCCGACGGACAGCGAAGGCCCAGAGGGAGUCCCCGAGUGAAGGCUGGCAAAGUUGCCCUGACCCCCGAGCCCCAAAGCCCCGAUCUGCCUCCCCCAAAGCCUCGUGACCCGGAGACGCUCCCCACCUCUGGGCCUGGGGCCUAGAAUAUUCAGGGAGGAGAAGAGGAAGGGCUAAGCUGAAGGAGGGGCCAGGGUCCCUGCUCUCACGAGUCCUGGAGGUCCAGGCACCAACCCAUGGCACCCAAGAAAAAGCGCGGGCUGAGCGCGGGGAGCCAGCUAGGUGGUGCGGGUACCGAGCAGCCGCUGUCGGAGCGCGCGCGAUACCUGCAGCGCGAAUACGCGCUGCUUUCGGAGCAGCUGGAGGCCUGCGAGGACCGCGUGGACCAGGUGCUGCAGGAGAACGCCUUCCUGGACCGCGAGGCGCUGCGCCUGCGCGAGGAGAACCGGCUCUACGCCAGCUACGUGAGCGCGCGCGCCCAGCGCUGCGCCAACGCCAUCGUCCGGCUGGACGAGCAGAACCGCGUGGACCUGGCGCAGAUCCACUGGCAGCGGGCGGAACUGGCCUCGCUCUACCACGGGCGCGAGGACAGGGUGCGUGCGCAGCUGCUGGAGAUGGAGGCGCGCGCGGCGCAGAUGGCGCGGCAGGUGCAGGAACUGCAGCCCUACAAGGUGCUGCAGCUGGAGCAGCUGGCCCGGAUCCGCGCGCUGGAGCGCGAGCUGCUGCGUAUGCGCGUGGAGCACACGCAGAUGCUCCACCGCGUGAAGCGGCGCUUCCUGGAGGACAAGGCGGCUUUCGAGCGCGAGGCGCGUCAGCGAAUGCAGUCCCUGGUGCGGCGCGCGGAGCGGGAGGCGGCGCGCUCGCUUGUUGUGCACACUCAGGCCAUGAAGGCCGACAACUGGCGCCUGCGCCAGGAGCUGCUGCGGCUGCUCCACCGGACCCAGCUGCUGCACGACACGCGGCGCCAGCUGUUGGAACAGCGUGAGCAGCUGCGCCGCGAGCACGAGGACACGCGGGACCUGGCGCGUGUGCACAGCUGGCUGCCCAGGGGCCCCGGAGGCCCGCCGCUGUGGCAGCCGCCGGCCUCCUCCCAGCCCACCUCGCGCCCCUGUUCAUCAGCCGCCCCCAUAGACCCAUCGGACACCGCCUCCCAGACCCAGUCCUUGGUCCCGUCGCGCGCGGCCUCCCGGGCCCCGUCCAUGGUCCCGUCGCGCGCAGCCUCCCGGGCCCCGUCCGUGGUCCCGUCGCGCGCGGCUUCCCGGGCCCCGUCCGUGGUCCCGUCGCGCGCGGCCUCCCGAGUCCCCUCAUUGGUGUCAUCGAGCAUGGGCUCCAGGGUCCCAUCGCUGGCCGCUUCAAAGCUGGGCUCCCGGAUCCCAUCCCUGACCGCGUCGCACGCAGGCUCCCGGAUCCUGUCGCUGGCGCGGUCACUCGAGGGCUGUCGGAUCUCUUUGCGGUCCUCAUUACAGGUGUCCUUGCAGGACGCUCCCCGAUCUACGAAGGGUAGUCCCAAGCUUGGCUUCAGCCUGACAUGGGAUCGGGAUCCCGCCCUUCCCCAACCACAGUCGGAGGAGAGCGUGGUAGCUGACGCUGCGGCAGAAGCCUCCUCCGGGAGAGCCUGAACCUGCAGGGAGGGAGGCCCGGGAGGCCCUGGUGUGGGCGACCCUCGUGCGUAGGCCGCUUACUGGGAUAAUGCAGUCGUCAAUAAAAGUGUGGCCACAGACCGCUCUGACACCCACAGGCGUCCUCUAGCACUUCCCGCUAGCACCGGAGCCGCUCAUUGGUGCGUCCAAUUUCCAAGCUGCAAGGGAACUCAGCGCCUGCUUUCUCUGAGUGACCUCUGGGACCCCGCGUCCCCGCCCUCAGUGGGCCCCCACCGCGAGCCGGCAGGCACAGAGCAAGCCCGGGCACCCGCGGGCACGGCCGGGCGAUGAAGCAGCAGCUGGCAGCACGGGGAGGCCCAGGAGGAGCGUGGGCUUCGUUCUCCUGCGCCAAGGGGAGAGAAGGAAUGUUCAACCUAAUUGCUUUUUAAAUAACUUAAAAACUUUGAUACAUACCUUCCAACUUAGAGAAAGUUGCAAGAAUAGCACAGGGACCGCCAUGGACCCUUUAUCCGGAUGCCCGGCCACGACGCUGCCCGUAAAUUUGGUCUGUGUGAAUCCCUGUGAGUGCGCGUUGCUCCGGAAGCGUCUGAGAUGUGGUGGGAGGCGCUGGCCCCAUGGCCCUAAGUGCUUUCAUGUGUAUUUCCUGAACAGAGGGAUGUUCUCCGACGCCGCAGUAGCGAUCAGAACCAGGACACCGACUGCGGAGGAAUAGCCCCAUCACACAUCACAGCUGUGUUACCUGUCCCGUGUUUUUGUAGCUGGCCCCAUCUUCCAGGGUCACGUGUUGCAUUUAGUUGUUGCGUCUGGAUGAGUACAGGCGGUUAUUAAAACGCGCCUCCUUGGAGGGUCAGCCCUCCGGGCUGCGUGGGAGGCCCUCCCGGCUCGUGUUGGAGCCGAUCGUGGACGUGACGCGGCCAGCGAGUGCCUGCGGCUACAGCGGCGCCACGCUUCCGGUCGGGGCGGCACGGUUUCCGGGUGUGUGUGUGUGUGUGUGUGUGUGUGUGUUGGUGAUGGCCUUCCUUGCCCUUUGUCCCGGGGGCUGGCUCCUGUGCAAGCCUGUGGCAGUGAGUCCUGGCUUUCCUCUUCCUGGGGCCCUGAGCUCCUUUGUUGAGGUCUCAAGCGGGUAUCUCCAGUUUCCCCCAGCACCUCCCAGGACCUUGAGGACCCCCAGGGACCAGGGUGGUCCCACCUCAGCCAACUCUGUCCCCUUACGAGGAGUUGCCGACACUGGGGCUCUGUGACCCAGGCGGGUGCAGCUACUGCGAGGCUGGGAGCUUCCCCGGCUUACAGGGCACCUGUACACUGACCCGGACCGCAGGGUCCGCCUCGCUGGGUUGUCCCUGUGUGUGAAGCGAGGGCGUCUGGCCCUGAGGCAGGGACUGUGUUGGGAAGGGGCACCGCUGGGCCCUGGGAAACGUAAAGGGAGCCCACCCACUGGGCCAGUCUGGAAGGUUGGUUCUUUGUGACUAAAGAUCCAAACGUUAAAGUGAAACAGCUGGUAAAUCAGUAAAUCCAGGACACUGACACCAGCAGAGGCUGCCGAGGAUGAGCACGAUGGUGGCUCUGUUCACUGCUGGUGGGAAGGCAAAAAGGCACAGCUACUGGGGAAGGCAGGUUGGCAGGUGCCAAACAUACCCUCACCUACCAUCCAUGAUAGUGCUCCAUGGUAUUCACCCAAAGGAGUUGAACAUUUGUGUCCACCUGGAAACCCACACAUGGAAUUAGCCGGGUGUGGUGGCACACAUCUGCAAUCCCAGCUACUAGGGAGGCUGAAGCACAAGAAUUACUUGAAGCCAGGAAGCAGAGGUUGCAGUGAGCCGAGAUCCACCACUACACUCCAGCCUGGGCAACAGAGCAAGACUCUAUCUCCAAAAAAACAAACAAAACUCACACAUGGAUGUUUACAGAAGCUUUAUUAAUAAUGGCCAAAACUCAUGCAGCCAGGAUGCCCUUCAGUAGGAGAAUGGAUAAACUCUGGUCCAUCCAGACAAGGGAAUAUUAUUCAGCCCUGAAAAAAAACAAGCUGUCAAGCCAUAAAAAGACACAGAGAAAACUUAGGUGCACAUUGCUAAGUGAGAGACGCUCGUCUGAAAAGGCAGCACGCUGUACGAUUCCAACUGUGACAUUCUGGAAAAGGCAUAACUGUGGGAACAAUACAAGGAUCAGUGGCUGCUGGGGGUUGGGGAAGGAUAGGGUGAAAAGGUGAAGCAUGGAGGAUUUUUAAGGCAGCGAAACUACCCCAUAAAAUACUACAAUUGUGCAGUUGUACAAAAACGUGGUUUUUCCAAACCAUGGGAUGUCCAACACCAAGAAUGAAGCCCUAAUGUGAACUGGAAGCUUUAGUUAAAAGUCACAUAUCAAUAUUUCUUAUCAGUCACAGAAGAUGACCCACACUAAGGAAAGAUGUUAAUAAUAGGGGAAAGUGGCCCGUCGCAGUGGCUCCCACCUGCAAUCCCAGCACUUUGGGAGGCCAAGGCGGGUGGAUCACCUGAGGUCAGGAGUUAGAGACCAUCCUGGCCAACACAGUGAAACCCCGUCUCUACUAAAAAUACAAAAAUUAGUUGGGCAUGGUGGCAGGUGCCUGUAAUCCCAGCUACUCGGGUGGCUGAGGCAGGAGAAUCACUUGAACCUAGGAGGCAAAGUUUGCAGUGAGCCAAGAUCAUGCCACUGCAUUUCAGCCUGGGUGACAGAGUGAGACUCCAUCUCAAUACAAUAAUAAUAAUAAUAGGGAAAGUGCCUAUGAAGGGGUAUCAUGGGAUCUCUGUACUCUAUGAUCAAUUUUUCAGUAAACCUAAAACUGCUCUAAAGAUAUAAAGUCUGUUACCUUCUUAUAACAGUGAAAAUAUUAAGUAUUGGAAGCAAAUCUGAAAAUAAUUUGACGACGUGAAAGCAUUUUUUAAAAAAGAAAAUCCAAGCCUAGGCAUGGUGGCUCACACCUGUAAUCCCAGCACUUUGGGAGGCUGAAGAGGGUAGAUUACUUGAGUCCAGGAGUUCAAGAUCAGCCUGGCCAACAUGGUGGAACCCCAUCUCUUAAAAAAAAGAUACAAAAAAGUUAGUUGACCAUGUUGGCACAUGCCUGUAAUCCCAGCUGUAAUUGGGAGGCUGAGACAGAAUUGUUUGAACCCACGAGGUGGAGAUUGCAGUGAUCCAAGAUUGCACCAUUGUAUUCCAGCCUGGGUGACAAAGCAAGACUUUGUCUCAAAAAAAGAAAGAAAGAAAAGAAAACUCAGAGGCAUAAAAGAUUUUCUGUGGGCUGGGCAUGGUGGCUCACUACCUGUAAUCCCAGCACUUUGGGAGGUCACAAGGUCAAGAGAUUGAGAUCAUCCUGGCCAAAAUGGUAAAACCCCAUCUCUACUAAAAAUACAAAAAUUAGCUGGACGUGGUGGCACAUGCCUGUAAUCCCAGCUACUUGGGAGGCUGAGGCAAGAGAAUCACUUGAACCUGGGAGGCAGAGGUUGCAGUGAGCCAAGAUCACACCACUGCACUCCAGCCUGGUGACAGAGCAAGACUCUGUCUCAGGAAAAAAAAAAAAAAAGAUUUGCCGGGUAUGGUGGCUCAUGCCUGUAAUCCUAGCACUUUGGGAGGCCAAGGUGGGUGGAUCACCUGAGGUCAGGAGUUCAGCCUGGCCAUCAUGGUGAAACCCCAUCUUUAAAAAAGAAAAAAAAAAGAUUUUCUGUGAAGACAGGACUUAUGGUAAACUACACCGUAAAUUGGAAGACAAAUGGCAAUCUUGGAAAAAAUAUUUACAACAAAUAAAACAGAAAAAGGAUAACUCUUUAUAAGGAGCUGUUAGAGACUGAAUGCUUGUUCCCAGGCAAGGAAAAAUUAGCAUUCAGACAAAAAGUUUUCUCAGCAAGGCAAUUUCACUUUCUGCCGAAAGGGUGCUCCCGUUAGCCAUCUUGCCACAAGAGUACAAUGAACACAGGAAAGGCAGCAUUGGCUCCUCACUGCUGUGUCCAAUCUUGGUUGGUUGGAACCAGACCUCCCAAUCUAAACUGAACCUGAUUGGCUAACAACUUAAAAACUUUUCUAAAUAUGUAAAAGCAGUGGAGAGCUGGGACAUGCCUGUGAGCACCUCCAGCACAGGGAUCUUGGUUAAAGUAUAAGGACAUAGAAUGUGCUACGUGCCUGUAAACACGGCAUGUCUAACAGCUACAUAGGAUAGAGCUUAGCAGAGAGCUACUAGCAAAAAGCAAGACAGCUUUGAAGAAAGUUAGCCUUUAAAACAAACUAUUAUUUCUAACAUUUAUUAUUAUUAUUCCUUAACAAGAAAGGAGCUUUGAAGAGGAACUUUUGCUUUCUACAGAGCUAUAAGAAAAGACCCAACAACCAGCCAGAAAAAGCAGGCAAAUGACUUGAACGCCAACGAAGUACAAAUGCUGAAGCAUGUCUGAAGAGAGCCAUGCUGCCCUAGGAGCCAGGGAGGGGCAGGUUGAGGCCAUGCCAGGAAGACCCAGAGCAAGGGGCAGUGGAGGGCACCCCAUCAUUGCAGGGCCUGGGAGUGUGGAACAGUCCCAUCGUUGUUGGCUGCCUGCUGCUAUUCAAUCUAAAACAGCCCUACUCUCAGACUCAGCAGAUCGACCUCUGGGAGUCCAUUCCGCACCUUUGCUGUGGGUUGCUUGAGUCUCCUGAAAUAUAUACAUUCAAGCCCUAACCCCAGCACUUCAGAGCAUGACUGUAUUUGGAGAGGAGGUUGUUGCAGAUGUGAUUAGCUGAGGUCGUUAGGGUAGGCCCUAAUCCAUUGUAACUGGCGUCACAUGAAGACAGACACAGGGAGAACACGUGUGCCAACAGAGGCAGAGAUCGGAGUGACUGUCUCUAAACCAAGAACUGCCAGGAGCUCCCAGCAACACUGAAAACUGAAGAAGCAAGGGAGGCUCCUCCCCGACAGGCUUCAGAGGGAGAACUGCCCUGCUGAUGCCUUGACUUUGGACAUUAGGCCCCCAGAACUGUGAAAAAAUUUCUGUUGUCUGAAGCCACCUGGUCUGGGUGCUCUGUCACAGCAGCUCCAGGAGCCUGGCAAGGUCCAGGUGCACGCAGACGCAGGAGCUGGGAUACAGGCACCUGUGCACACAGAUGUAAGAGCAGACACGUUCACUGCAGCGGGAUUCACGAUUUCACCCAGACACUGGGAUGGCAGGACGGGGUCCUGGGACAGCAUGGGGUUGCUAGAAGGGGCGCACACAGACGAAAUGACAGACACACACACAGGGCACACGCACGACCAUGCCAUAUGACAAGGAGCAGGUUUGUGCCUACACAGGCACUGGGCAAGUAUUUGUGGUGUCAACCUAAAAAGAAACUCAGAGACAAGCUCUUGCUGGCUUGGGAAUGGCAGAGGAUUGCAAUUCAGGGUAUGCAAGCUUUGGCAGGCCAUAGGUGUAUCCAGGGGAGUUGGGGAAAAGGCAAAUCUUAAAGACGAAAAGGGCCAGGCGCCGUGGCUCAGACCUGUAAUCCCAGCACUUUGGGAGGCCUUGGGGGGCGCGGAUCACCUGAGGUCAGGAGUUUGAGACCAGCCUGGACAACAUGGCAAAACCUGUCACUACUAAAAAUACAAAAAUUAGCUGGGUGUGGUGGCUGUGCCUGUAAUCCCAGCUACUGGGGAGGCUGGGGCAGGAGAAUCCCUUGAACCUGGGAGGUUGAAGUUGCAGUGAGCCGAGAUCGAGCCACUGCACUCCAGCCUGGGAGACAGAGCAAGACUCCAUCUCAAAACAACAGCAACAACAACAAAAGAAAGAAAGAAAGAAGCCCAUAGAAGCUGUUUUCAAAGCCAAGGGUCACAAGGACCGAACAGUCCCAGGGGUCUGUUACAGGAGCUGGAAUAAGUGCAGGGGCUGAGACAGUCCUGCUUGGCAAGGACUGUCUGGAGCAGUGCAAUGCUGAGGACGCUCUUGGGUCGGGGAACUGUCUCCGCACGGGACCGUCUUGGGCUGCACCGUGUCACGGGCCUGUGGGUGUGCAGACUCCAGCUGUCACAGUGAACACUCCACCCCCCAUAGAGCUCGUUCCACAGGAGUGGGGCAGUGUUUCCCAGACAGCUGAAGGCCUGCGUGAAUUGUAACUCAGAAUAAUAUUCACUAAAAUGA